AUGACCUCCGAGCACCAGCGGGGAACUGUGUCAGCCAAACACAACAGAACCCUACCUGGUCAUUAUCCUCAAGCUCAUGACGAGAGCCAGAACGGUACAGUAGUCCUGUCGGAUGAUCUGCCCGUUUCCCAACCAUCGGCUCCCGGAUUCCCAGAUUCCUGGGUUUUGGUUUUGCCCAGGUGUCGCUGGGCUGCCUCAUUGUUGCGAGAUCUCCGCCCCGCGCGUGACCAGACGGGCAAUGCCCAAGGGCCUGUCAUGUGUGACCCGUCACCAAGGUCGGGAUCUGUCGAGCGGACCAUAAUCUGA